AUUUGACACGAAAGUUAAAUGCGAUUCCAUGCGGUUGAAUUUCCUAACCAUCUCACCAAAAUCUGCAGUGAACUUCAUCUCCCCCAAUUGCAAAUCAAACCCAAAUUUCGUGUCUUUUUGAAAGAUUUUUUUGUCUUUUUUCCGAUCAAGAUAUUCAUUUUUGUUCCAUGGAUUGCUCGGAAGCAAUUCUUGAAAAACCGGCCGUUGCUUACGAAUUUCUUAUCAAGUCCGCCUUUGCAAUACCCUUAUGGCAUUAUUUGGUUGGGGUGCUUUUACUUUUCAUCGUUUUCUUGUACAAUUUCUUGGAGCUUCAUUUUUUUCAAGAUCUUUUGACGGGAUUUCGUGGCGGACCCGUAUCCUUGACAUACAAUCCGAGCUCGGAUAUUUAUCAUGGAGUUGUAUCCAAGUGCAAGACGCUUCAUGGAAGGUACUUGGCAACACCCUGGCUUUCAAGUCCACAUUUCCAAACUUCUUUCAUAAACUUCUUUGGGAGGCCUCCAGCUUUUACCUACAGAAGACAGAUGUUUCAUGCAUCUGAUGGUGGGACUUUUGCUCUGGACUGGCUGUUGCACUCUGAUGUGUCUGGUGCUGGUGUUCAAAAUCACACAAUUGCUAAGGAUGACACAACUCCUAUUGUGGUUGUGAUUCCUGGACUAACAAGUGAUUCGGCUUCUCCAUAUAUGAAACAUCUUGUCUUCAAUACAGCGAAAAAUGGAUGGAAUGUGGUGGUCAGCAAUCACCGAGGAUUGGGUGGUGUCUCAGUCACUACCGAUUGCUUCUAUAAUGCUGGGUGGACAGAAGAUGUACGUGAAGUCAUUGACUACCUACACCAAGAGUAUUUUUCUGCCCCUUUGUUUGUCAUAGGGACAAGUAUUGGUGCAAAUAUUUUGGUGAAAUACCUCGGAGAGAAUGGGGAAAAUGUUCCUGUCGCUGGUGCUGCUGCAGUCUUUUGUCCUUGGGAUCUCUUGAUUGGUUCCAGGUUUAUAUGUCGGAGGCUUGUCCAGAAGUUUUAUGACAGAGCUCUUACAAUUGGUCUUCAAGGUUACGCACAACUACACAAAACUCGUUAUUCUCGCCUUGCAAACUGGGAGGGUAUUAAAAAGUCUCGCUCAAUUAGAGAUUUUGAUACACAUGCAACAUGUCUUGUUGGGAACUAUGAGACGGUGGAUACAUACUAUAGGCGUUGUAGCAGUGCACCUUAUGUUGGACAAGUUUCAGUACCUCUUCUCUGUGUAAGUGCAUUGGAUGAUCCCCUCUGCACUAAAGAAGCCAUUCCCUGGGAUGAAUGCCGAGAAAAUAAAAAUAUAGUCCUAGCUACAACAUUACAUGGUGGACAUCUGGCAUCCUUUGAAGGCAUAACUGCAUCUCGCCUAUGGUGGGUGAGAGCAGUUAAUGAAUUUCUUGAAGUGUUACUUACAAGUUCUUUCAUGCAUAAACAAAAGAAGGUUGAUCAUCUAAAGCCUAAUUCUGCACACACCCAAUCUUCAAUUGAUCAAGGUCCAUAUCUUAAUGUCGCUGAUGGGAUGGUGGCCGCCAUGGGCAAUGAGCGAACUGAUGAUACCAUCAAUGAGACAUCUAAAGAAAAUAAAGAUCAAGACCAGGAAAAGCAAUUAGUUUCAGAAAACAAUAUUUUCACCAGUGGAAGGAAAUCUGAUUCUGCAACCAAUACUCAGAGAACAUCUGAAAGUGCUGGUCCAAAGGGAGGAUUGAGCAUUGUUGAAAGGUGCCUAUACCAGCUUUCUCGUCAAAGUAACAGAUCACUGUGGCUGCUUGCUUAUAUAGCCAUCAUAUCAACCUGGCCUGUACUUGGGUCUGCACUUGGUUUUUUCCUCAAGAAAAAGAUGGAAAGAUUAUCAAAGGGAAAGCCUCCAAAUUGAUCCGCUUAAUGUAUGUAAGUUUACUUCACAAAAGUAAACUCAGUGUGGUUCAUAAGCCUCUUACAUAUGGAAAUUGUUUUGUAUCAUGCUGAUAAGUUUUUUAGUUUAUUUUCCUUUUUAAUUUCUUCUAGUAUUGGAAUGUUAUUGGAAACAAGAAGUUAUCUGUUCUCGAGACCAUGUUGGCCGCUAGCAAGCAAAGUUACAUAUGAAAAUUGUUACCUCAGUAUCA